AUGAACACCACGAUCGAAUCCCUAACAGACCCCGCGGGCAGUCCGGCCCCCAGUGCCACGGGCUCGACAGGAACCUCCGGCAUCAAUGUGCGCAAUGGCCCUGCGGGCCAAGCGCUCAGCUUUAGAAGGCAACGUGCAUCACGCGCGUGUGAGGUCCGUUGCGAUGCCGCCAGUCUAGGUGUGCCCUGCACAAACUGUGUCGCCUUUUCCAUCGAAUGCAAGAUUCCCUCCCCCAAACGAAAGAAGAACUCCUCCAAAACCAAAGACGACGUUCGGUAUGACAGCCCACCCCACACAGCCUCCUCGCUAGUCGACGCGGCGGUCGCUCACUUUCGGCCCUCCAGUACUGAGGAUUCGACCGACAACGCACCAAAUGACCAUCAUGGACAAUCCCCAGAUUCGGAUCAAAAGGAUGAUACAUUCGGAUACCGCAAGAAUCGCAUGGCCUCCGAUGGCAUGCCCAUAACCGAUCUCUCGGAGGCGGAGGCAGCCCAGGAAGCUUCGGCCAACAACGCUUAUGCCCAAUUCAUGAAGCCCAAGUUUGCGCGGGCACCCAUCAAGGAAGCCGGACGCGUGGCAUACCUCGGGGAAUCAUCCAAUUUGUCACUACUGGUUCAAGAUCGCCACGGCACUACAGAUGUUGUGCAUUACCCGCUGCCACCAAAUAUCAGAGGAUCGCGCGCUCGCUUGACAGACUUGGACAACUUGGAAAUUGAAAUCCUGCACCAACGAGGUGCCUUCUUGUUGCCGCCAAAGCCGCUGUGUGAUGAGUUGGUCGAUGCGUACUUCAAAUGGGUGGCGCCAGUCGUCCCGAUUAUCAACAAGAGUCGUUUUAUGCGUCAUUACCGGGACCCGAAGAACCCGCCUUCGUUACUGUUGCUGCAGGCCAUAUUGCUAGCGGGUUCGAGGGUUUGCACGAACCCUCAGCUAAUGGAUGCGAAUGGCUCGACCACCCCGGCUGCCAUGACCUUUUAUAAGCGGGCGAAGGCGCUGUAUGAUGCUAAUUAUGAGGACGACCGGGUCACUAUUGUGCAGGCUUUGGUACUUUUAGGCUGGUAUUGGGAAGGACCAGAAGAUGUGACCAAGAACGUGUUCUACUGGACCCGAGUCGCGAUGGUGGUCGCUCAAGGUUCAGGAAUGCACCGCAGUGUGGAAACCUCACAGCUCAGUAAACCCGAUAAGAGACUCUGGAAGAGGAUUUGGUGGACGCUUUUCACUCGGGAUCGCUCGGUGGCCGUGGCUUUGGGUCGACCCAUAGGGAUCAACACAGAUGAUUCGGAUGUUGGAAUGGUGACCGAGGAAGACUUCAUCGAGGACGAACUCGAUGUUGCAGCCGAGUAUCCACCAGAUCCGGUGCAUGUCCAGUUCUUCCUGCAAUACGUCAAGUUGUGUGAGAUUAUGGGCCUGGUUCUUUCACAACAAUACUCCGUGGCAUCAAAAUCACGGCGCAUGAAUGCUAUGGACCUCACACACUCCGAUAUGGCUUUGGCCGAUUGGCUGCAGAACUGCCCUAAGGAGGUUUGUUGGCAACGAUCUAAUCACCACUUCUGGGCCGCACUUCUUCAUUCGAAUUAUUAUACUACACUUUGCCUCUUGCAUAGAGCUCAUAUGCCCCCUGCUUCCUCUGCACCCAACAGCUACAGAGUCGAAGAAAUGGCGUACCCUUCGCGCACCAUUGCUUUCCAGGCUGCAGGAAUGAUGACUUCGAUCAUCGAGAACCUACACACCCAUGGAGAGCUACGAUAUACUCCAGCCUUUAUUGUCUACAGUUUAUUCUCCGCCUUGAUCAUGCACGUAUACCAAAUGCGUUCGUCGGUUCCCUCAAUCGUGGCGACAUGUCAAGAACGUAUCAAUGUGUGCAUGGCGGCGCUCAAGGACGUCUCCAAAGUGUGGUUGGUCGCGAAGAUGGUCAACACCCUAUUUGAAUCUAUUCUGGGAAACAAGCUUCUGGAGGAGCGACUUCAAAAAGCGGCAGGUAAAAGGCACCAGCGGCGACCACAUGAAAAUGCGAACACCGCCGCUCAAAAUAGAAGACCAGACCCGCCGAAGCGGAAAUUUGACGAUAUGGAUCUGGGCUUGCCAAAUGGUGGACCGACGCCCCCUGUGUCGUAUGAACGCUCACGUCCACAGACCCCGGCCGUGACCCCGUCUCGGGAAUUGAAUCAGCCCCAACCGGGCCAGACUUCACCUAACAUGCACCGUGGUCCUGCAGACCCCAUCUCUGGAGCCGCCAACUCAAGGAGCAAUACACGGCCAACAACCCCGUUCAACGCUCAGUUCUCUCUCCCCGCCACUCCUCCCGACUUCUUCCUUGUAACCCGUGCUUCGCCCAACCUGUCCCCAUCACUGUGGGAGAACUUUCAACCUGACCAACUCUUCCCCGACGGCACUGCAAUCUUCCCCGAGCUGGCCUCCCCGCCUCCGCCCAUGGAUCCACAUAUGCAGAUUCCUUCAAUGCCCCAGAAUAUGGGCCAGCGUCCCAUGGGUAAUCCGCAGCAGCCGGUCCAUGGACGCAGCAUGUCCGCCUCCCAGGGCAGCCCUCAGAUGAUGUCGGGUGUUCCUGGAGGUAUGGGAAUGCCGGGCCAGCAGCAGAUGUUCGGAAUGGAAGGGCAGACAUGGCCGAUGCAAGGCAUGGAUGGGACGAUGAGUGGUGCCGCGCUGGACGCUGGUAGCCAGGAUAAUGACAACUGGAGCAACAGUUCCCGCAGUGGACCGACUGCGCCGACGACCUUGAAUGUGGAAGACUGGUUUCAAUUCUUCGGUAUCAAUGGCGGAUUCGGCAAUCUGGCUGCAUAG